UGAUGAGCUCCAGAUGAACUUCUUUUGCAAGGUGAGUGAACGUCAACCAAACUUAUUCUUUGCCUUCUCAAUCACACAAAAGAAACUUAUCUGACUUUGGCCUUUAUCAAACUGAAAACAUUCACACUCAACCAAGUAGACAAACCCAUGAAAUCACAACUCAAAAGUCUCAAAUCAUGGCUCAGAGACACCCAAGGAGGGAAUUCCUUCCUCGCAGACUUCGAAACCGAAACGUGGAGUGACGACAAACUCAGCUCCUGUCUAUGCCUCGAAACACCGACCGCCAAAGGCGACCCAUUCACCAGGCGGCUGCUCAACUCCGUCAUACAGGCCUACGACCGUGCCGUCGGUUGAUAUAUCGGGUCCGGAGAGAUGGUAGACGAGGAAACGGGCGACAAAUCCUACAGCAGCAACCGGGUCAACCGUGCCAGCAAUGUCUUUGUUGCGAUCAUGGCUUCCGCUCUCCCGGUGCUAUCUAUCUAUGCAUUGACUGAGAUUCCGUCUACCGAGGCACGUAUCAGCGCCACUGCUGGCUUCAUCAUCACCUCCGCUAUGUUGAUGGGGAUCCUCGGCUCCGCCAAAAGGUCUGAGAGAUCAUUGCAGCAACAGCUACGUUUGUAGCAAUCGAGGUCGUCUUCAUCGGGAGCGCUCUAAGAGCACAAGGAUCUAGUGAUGAGAGCAUCAGUGCUCUCUAGAAUCGCCCGGCUUGCUAGUAUAUACUUGUACCGUAGGAUCGCCAUUAUCUUGUACCAGAAAUUACCAUUACGCCGAACUUUAAGAUGGGUAUCACUCAACCAGCUCUUCAUCUCAUCCUGCCUUGAACUCCACAAAACAUCACUCUCCCACUACA